CUAUGACAAAGCCAAUUUCUGCCUCUCUUUGCUUUGCCUCCGGCUUGUAAAAUGCUUCCUAAUUGAGUUAAGCAGGGAUCCAAAGUCAGAACUUUGUGGUACUGUUCGUGGGCUCUAUACAUAUUUAGAGGUUGAUUCAUUCUUCUAGACAUUGUAUCAUUGAUAAACUUUAGUUAUGAAUUACCUUCAGCAUCCACAAGGGAACGGUUCAAGUAAUAAUCAUGACAUCGAGUGGCAAUUACCCAAGAAUGGUGGAGGAGAUGCAGUGCAAGAAGCAACAACAACAUCGAAGACAUAUAUUCUUGACCCAAGGGAGAAGUUCCUUCAAGGGUGGAAUGUAGUAUUUGUGUUGUCAUGCGUGACUGCCGUAGCACUGGAUCCAUUGUUCUUUUACCUUACUGUGAUCAUUCAAGACAAGAAGUGCAUUUGGUUCGACAAUAGAUUGUGGAUCACAAUUCUAGUUUUGCGAUCCUUCUUCGAUUUCAUUUAUCUAGUGCAUAUUAUAUUGCAAUUUCGCACUGGUUUUAUAGACAAAAAGCUUCUGAAAAGUGGAAAACCUGAGUUAAAUACAAAUGCUAGGAAAAUAGCUAAGAAGUAUUUGUGGCCACGCUUAAUAUUCGACAUUCUAGCUAUUCUUCCCAUCCCACAGCUGGUAAUUCCAACUAUUUUUUCAGAAAUGAGAGGCACGAAAACUUCAAAUAAAGUGAAACUCUUGAACACUAUUGUUCUUUUCCAAUAUGUGCCAAGGGUAUCUCAAAUCUACCUAUCCUGGAAGAAACUAACAAGAAAAGACAAGAAGUUUGAUAGAAUCAUACUGGUCAAAGCGUCAUUGAAUUUCAUACUAUACAUCCUUGCUGGUCAUGUAUUGGGAGCCUUUUGGUAUUUCUUCUCUUCUCAACGGCUAGCGGCUUGUUGGCACAUAGCAUGUGAAAAUCAUGAGGAAUGUAGAAGUUUAUUUAACUGUGACCAAAAUUUUGGAAAUCUCUCUUUUAUAGAUGAUAUUUGCCCUAUAAAGACCGGAAUAUUUCUUGAAGCCCUUCGAUCUGGUGUUUUAGAUUCCACAGAUUUUCCACAAAAACUAUUUUACGUACAGUUUCUGGUGGGGCAUGCGAAAUUUGAGUUCCCUUGGUCAAAACCUCCAAACAAGUGA